GACCAUUGUUUGAGAGUCUCUCCUGUCUUCUCCAUGCAGCAGGCGAUCAGUGUCUGGGUGCGAGACCCGCGGAUACAAAAGAAUGACUUCUGGCACGCCUACAUAGACUAUGAAAUUUGUUUACAAACCGACAGCGUCUACUUCACCAAGAAGAUCUCCACCGUGAGGAGGAGGUACAGCGAGUUUGUAUGGCUUAGGCAGAAACUACAAGCAAAUUCACUGCUAAUGGUUCAGCUUCCAGAGCUGCCCGGGAAGAAUCCCUUCUUCAACCUAAACAACGCCCGACAGAUCUCUGAGCGUAUGAAAGGGCUCCAGGAUUUUCUGAAACAGAUCCUGCAGAGCCCUCUGCUGUUGUCGGACAGCUGCUUGCACCUCUUCCUGCAGUCAAAGCUCAGUGUGUCCAAGAUCAAGGCCUGUGCUGCUGGAAAGACCCACUACUCUGUGGCCCAGGCAGUGCAGCGCUGCGGCCUGAGAAGAUUCCACUCCGAAGACGAUCUGCAGAAGGCCCUGAAGAUGUGCUGCGACUCUGACUCUGACAGCUCAGAUCCAGAGCCUCAGAUGAAAGAUUUGGAAAUAAACAAAGCAGCGAGUGCAGCUUCCCUCGACUUCAUGGGAAGCAGCCAGGAGGAAACCCUCAGCAUCUCAUCUGAAUCUACAUGAAAACAUCAUUCUCAUUCCUUGAGGAGGAAAGUUGGCUGUUACCCCCGUCAUACUGCACUUUUGGAAAUCUGUUUUGUUGUGUUCUUGUUUAUGCAUUUCUGUUCGAAACAUGUACGGUGACUAGCAACAAAAGAAUAUCCAAGAAGAGUUGUUUACCACUGUGUUCUGUCUGUGGUGGCAUCCAUUUGCCUGAAGAUGGCAGUGUUGCUACAUCCAUCUGUUUGUAACUGACUUGUAUUCACUUCAUAAACAAUCCUAACAAAG